AUGAACAGUUUACCCAACUAUAUCCUGCUUUUCGUGCUUGCAAUCAAUACCCGGGAUGCAGCCAAACUCAAGCACUGUUUAUCCAUCAGUCCUGGAGGCCAAGAAGGGCCUAUCCGUGCCAAGUACCCCGAGCCCAACGACUUUGACUUGUACCAGGCACCAGAGAAGUUUCGUGGCGUGAUACGAGCCCAUUUGCGGUUGAUGAGGGCGGUGUACGUGGAGAAGAGCAUCGACCAGUCGUUCGUGGAGUUGGACGACUUGGUCAACCACUUGAUCAGGGCGGGCGAAACCCAGACCAACUGGAUCAACGUGCCGUUGAUGAACGCGAUGUUCGAGUUGAUGGCAGUCUACAAGGUCCGGGAGCUGCGCCACCCCGAAGAAAUCGCCAGUCUUGAGUUCCAAGACGUGGAGGGCAGCGACGCCAAGGUGUCGGCAUUGGAGCAGUUGGCUAACACCGCCAACAAGGCUUUCAAGCUCCUGUUGAACGACAAGAACUUGGAGUUGCAGCACAGCAAGCGCAUGGACAUCUACUUCUUUUUGGCGGUGUUGAUCAAGAUCUACUUCAAGAUGAACAAGCUCGAGUUGGCCAAGUCGAUUGAGAAGGCGCUCAAGGGCACCCGCUUCCAGUUGCCCGACAUGAAGAGCUCGGUAAGCAACAAGAAGGCUGCUGUCACCUACUUGUACUAUAGUUCAUUGUUGUCGCUCGAUGAGUCGGACUUCGAGGCAAGCGAGAACAAGCUCGAGGAGGCGUUGGACAUCUUGACUGGCUACCCUCCCAAAAACAAGCAGGUGGAGCAGAUUCUCCUCGUGUUGCUCCCAUUGAAGCUCUACAAUAAGCGAGCCUCACUUAAGCCCAGCUUGUGGGCACAGUACCCCCAGUUGAAAACCCUCUACCACGACAAUCUCUUUCGAGCCAUUUCCACCGGUAACAUCGCGCUCUUCGACGCCAAAUUGGAGCAGUACCAGACGGUAUUCUUGAAGAACCAUUUGUACUUGCUCAUCGAGUUGUUGAGACUGCAGUGCCAUCUCAACUUGAUCCGCAGGACCACGUCGGUGGUCCGCACCUUGAAUCCUACCCCACAAAAUCACAUUGUGCCGUUUAGUGCCUACCAGAAAGCGUUUGAAGUCGCCAGCAGCGGUCCCAUGCCAGCUCCCGACGAGGUGGAGUGCAUUCUAGCCACCAUGGUGGCCACGGGUCGGAUCAAGGGGUACUUGUCGCAUGGUAACCGGUGCAUUGUGUUGUCCAAGGCUGUUCCUUUUCCUGCCUAG